CACCUUUUAAAUAUUCUUCACACAAUACUUCGAAUCAAAAGCGAGUUCGUUUAAUAUACAAGUAACACAUUUGCAGCGCAUCUAAAUAAAAGUUCAUAAGAUUGAUAUCCAAAAUUCGGUAUACGAUUGAGUUGAACUAAAUUUCAAGUACAACAUGGCGGAUCCAGAUGUAAAUGAAGAUACAGUGGUACCACCAAUUGGAGGCGAUAAUAGUUUAGACAUGUACAACGAACGGUUGGAUUGCGAGAAUUUGGAUCAGAUGACUGAUACCUGGACCGAUCACCACAGACCUGCAUUCUUCACCGCCCUAAUGCGUUUUUUUGGAAAUGUAUUUGUUGAUAUGUUUAAUGCCAUUUUCAGCUAAAAAUAAUUCUAUUAAGCUAUUUUCCUUGUAUUCAAUAUGCUUCAAGCAUGCAAAUAAAAUCGUCUAGUAUGUCAA